GUUCCUAUUGGGUUUCCCAAUGUCUUGCAAACACCCUUGGCUUGGUCUCGUGAUGAGAUUGAAAAGAACAUAAAAGAAUGCAUCUUAAAGUUGUCACCAGCCGACAUCAAGGCUCUGGAGAAAGCUGCUCUUGGUUUUGAAGACCAGGGCGCACACUUCUCGGACAUCUCCACCAAGAACUUCGCCCUGCCUGAUGAACUUGGCAAUCGUCUACGAAAGGUCUCCAACCAGUGCUAUCACGAUCGAGGCUUCACCGUUGUCAAAGGCCUUGACCCGACCAAAUACACCCCUGAGCGCAAUGUUGUCCUUUACGCCGGCAUUGCCGCCUACGUGGCUCCACAGCAUGGGUUUCUUGACAAGGAUUUUAAGAGAGUACUAUGCCAUGUUGUCAAUGCAGCAAGCACAGCUCCACCUGCCGAAGCCGCUAUCAAAUCCCCUGGUUUCACAGACGGACCUCUGGCCUUCCACACAGAUAAUUGUGAGAUCCUAGCCCUGUACGCCGUGGACGUCGCCACAACAGGGGGCCAGACCUACGUCUCGAGCGCUUACCAGCUGUUCAAUGAGCUGUCCGAGAAGAGACCAGACGUGCUCCAAACCUUGUCUGAUCAUUGGGUUCUCGAUACUUUUAAAGACUACACCUAUUUCCCGCCCAUCACCCGCCCCCUCCUGCAUGUAUCCGACGGUGACAACGUAGUCUUCACCUACUCGCGCUUCCCGAUGGUGGGCUUCAAAGGUCGGCAGCGCAACCCGGCCCUGCCGCCCAUCAGCGAGGCCCAGAUGGAAGCUAUGGACACGGUCAAGUACAUGAUGACAAAGAACGCGGUUGCCCUGCCAUGGGGUAGAGGUGAUAUUGCGUUCAUCAAUGAUAUGGCCAUAAUGCAUGCGCGGUCCUCUUUUACGGAGAGUGGAGAGGAGCUGCAGAGACAUCUGCUCAAAUUCUAUCUCAGGGACCCGGCGCAGAAUUGGCAGGUCCCUGAAACUGCUAAGAAGCACUGGGAGAGGAUAUAUGGUGGC